UCUAAAACUUAAACUAGGAAGUUUAUUUACGAGCUUAAAUUAUAAGCUUUGAUUCAUUCUCAUAUUAUUCUUCAAAGAUGGAUUCAAGUGAAGCAAAAAAACCCCACGUUGUUUGUAUUCCAUUUCCUGCACAAGGUCAUGUUAACCCAAUGAUGCAAUUAGCUAAGCUCAUACACUCUAGAGGCUUCCAUAUAACCUUCGUCAACACUGAGUUCAACCAUAGACGCCUGGUUCGAUCCAAAGGUGCUGAAGCCAUGAAAGGGUUGCCGGAUUUCCGGUUCGAAUCAAUACCCGACGGUCUACCGCAGUCCGAACGAGACGCAACUCAGGAUGUUCCCUCGUUAUGCGAUUCGACGAGGAAGAAUUGCUUGGUGCCGUUUUUGGAGCUUUUAGCUAAGUUGAACUCUUCGGAUGUACCGCCUGUUGGUUGCAUCAUCUCAGAUGGUGUUAUGAGCUUUGGUAUUGAAGCUGGUCGAUUGCUUGGGAUACCUGAAUUCCAGUUUUGGACUGCCUCAGCUUGUGGUUUCAUGGGUUAUUUACAGUAUGAUGAACUGCUCCAAAGAGGCAUUGUUCCAUUCAAAGACGAAAAUUUCAUCAAUGAUGGCACUCUCGACACACCAAUAGAUUGGAUCCCUGGUAUGAGUAACAUGCGACUCAAGGAUAUCCCAAGCUUUAUAAGAACAACGGAUCCCAAUGAUACAAUGUUUGAUUUCUUGGGAUCCGAAGCUCGAAACUGCUUAAAAUCUUCAACAAUCAUCUUCAACACAUUCGAUGAGUUAGAGCAUGAGGUGUUGGACGCCAUUGUAGCCAAAUUCCCUCGUAUAUAUACAUUGGGUCCAUUGAAUUUGCUUGGCAGACAUGUCCCUGAAAGCCAAUUAAGCUCGCUGAGAUCGAGCUUGUGGAAAGAAGACACCGACUGCAUUGAAUGGCUGAAUCAAAGGGAACCCGGAUCCGUGGUUUAUGUGAAUUAUGGGAGUAUAACUGUGAUGUCUGAUUAUCAUCUCAAAGAGUUCGCGUGGGGGCUUGCAAACAGCAAGCACCCGUUUUUAUGGAUCGUGAGACCCGAUGUCGUGAUGGGGGAAUCGGCUGUUCUUCCCGAAGAGUUCUUCGAGGAGAUCAAGGAUCGAGGGUUCAUUGGGAGCUGGUGUCCGCAAGAUCUAGUGUUGUCCCAUCAAUCCGUCGCUGCUUUUAUCACGCACUGUGGAUGGAACUCGACGUUGGAAUCCAUUUCGAGAGGUGUGCCUGUGCUUUGUUGGCCCUUCUUUGCCGAACAACAAACGAAUUGUCGAUUUGCAUGCACCACGUGGGGAAUUGGUAUGGAAGUUAACCCUGAUGUAAACCGAAAUGAUGUUGAGGCUCUUGUGAAGGAAAUGAUAGGAGGUGAACAUGGGAAGAAGAUGAAGAAAAAGGCCCUGGAUUGGAAGCACAAAGCUGAAGUGGCCACUGAUGUCAGAGGAUCUUCUUACAAUAAUUUCGACAGAUUCAUUGAAGUUCUCCAUGUCUCGAUUAAUAAGAAUCAUGUGUGAUUGUCGGAUUUAAAUAAAUUCAUAAUUUCAUUUUAUAUUAUCACAUCAUCGUAUCUUUGUACUCAUGUUCAAAUCUAUCAAAUAACUGUAUCUUACAGGGGAAAAGAACCUGAAAAGCCCAAGUAAUACUGGACUUUAUAAGUUUGUUUCCUACAUUAAACACAUCUCUAAAUGAAGGAAAUUUUAAGACACCA